AUGCUCAGCAAUUGCAUAUACAGGGGUCCAACUAAUGGAAGUCGGGGAAAGGUUGUCUUACUUUUUGAUGAUAAUCCCUUGUCAAAAAUUGGUGUUAGAUUUGAUAAACCCAUACCUGAUGGAGUUGAUCUCGGAGGCUGCUGUGAGGGCGGUCAAGGAUUUUUCUGCAAUGUGACUGAUCUUCGGUUGGAAAACAGUGGCAUUGAAGAGCUCGACAAAUUACUCAUUAAUACAUUAUUUGAGGUCGUGGUUAGUGAGAGCAGAAAUGAACCCUUCAUUUUGUUCAUGAAAGAUGCAGAGAAGUCUAUCGUAGGAAAUGGAGAUCCAUUUUCAUUUAAAAGUAGGCUUGAAAAUCUUCCUGACAAUGUGGUGGUUAUAGGUUCACACACUCACACUGACAGUCGUAAGGAGAAGUCACAUCCUGGGGGUUUGCUUUUUACAAAGUUCGGAAGUAAUCAGACUGCUCUUCUUGAUUUGGCUUUCCCUGAUAGUUUUGGAAGAUUGCAUGACAGGGGAAAGGAGGUACCAAAGCCAAACAAAACCUUAACUAAGCUUUUCCCAAAUAAAGUAACAAUUCACAUGCCACAGGAUGAAGGACUUCUAGCAUCUUGGAAGCAGCAACUUGAUCGAGAUGUCGAGACCCUUAAAAUUAAAGGGAAUUUGCACAAUUUACGAACAGUUUUGAGCCGUUGUGGGGUGGAAUGUGAAGGACUUGAAGCCUUGUGCAUUAAGGAUCAAACACUUACUAUUGAAAAUGCUGAGAAGAUAGUUGGUUGGGCUAUAAGCCAUCAUCUCAUGCAGAAUGCCGAAACUGAUCCUGAUGCAAAGCUUGUAGUGUCUUGUGAGAGCAUCCAGUAUGGAAUUGGGAUCUUACAGUCUAUCCAGAAUGAGUCAAAAAGCCUGAAGAAAUCUCUAAAGGUUGUUGUUAUGAACGAUAUUGUAACAGAAAAUGAGUUUGAAAAGAGGCUUUUGGUUGAUGUUAUUCCACCAAAUGACAUAGGUGUUACUUUUGAUGAUAUUGGAGCUCUUGAAAAUGUCAAAGAUACAUUAAAGGAAUUGGUUAUGCUUCCUUUACAAAGGCCUGAGUUAUUUUGCAGAGGGCAAUUAACCAAGCCAUGCAAGGGCAUCCUUUUAUUUGGUCCUCCUGGAACAGGGAAGACAAUGCUUGCAAAGGCAGUUGCUACUGAAGCUGGUGCGAAUUUCAUCAACAUUUCCAUGUCAAGUAUCACGUCUAAGUGGUUUGGUGAGGGUGAAAAAUAUGUGAAAGCUGUUUUUUCCCUGGCAAGUAAAAUUGCUCCUAGCGUGAUAUUUGUUGAUGAAGUUGAUAGCAUGUUGGGCAGGAGGGAAAAUCCUGGGGAGCACGAGGCCAUGCGAAAGAUGAAAAAUGAAUUUAUGGUGAAUUGGGAUGGCUUACGCACCAAGGAUACUGAGAGAGUUCUGGUGCUUGCAGCCACCAAUAGGCCUUUUGAUCUAGAUGAAGCUGUCAUAAGGAGGCUGCCUCGGAGGUUAAUGGUAAAUUUGCCAGAUGCUCCAAAUAGAGCAAAAAUAUUGAAAGUUAUACUGGCAAAAGAAGACUUGUCUUCUGGUCUUGAUAUGGAUGCAAUUGCAAGUAUGACCGAUGGAUAUUCUGGAAGUGAUCUUAAGAAUUUGUGUGUAACUGCUGCACACCGUCCAAUUAAAGAGAUAUUAGAGAAGGAAAAAAAGGAACAGGCUGCUGCUCUAGCAGAAGGUAUACCUGCUCCCGCAUUAAGUGGAAGUGCAGAUAUCCGAUCUUUAAACAUGGAAGAUUUCAAACAUGCUCAUCAACAGGUCUGUGCAAGCGUUUCUUCUGAAUCCGUAAAUAUGACCGAGCUUCAACAGUGGAAUGAACUAUACGGUGAAGGUGGUUCAAGAAAGCCGCAUAACGCUAGCAGGGCUUGGAGUGGAGCCUUGCAGAAUUAUGGGCAGGCUCUGCUGCAUCUAUUUUGUUCCUCAUCCCCUGGCCGCCACCUCUCAAAAGGAUGUGUGUUGAAAAUGUCUCUCUAG